CCGCCAUGUCAACCAACAACAGCAUGGAGACAACGACAGCCGUGGUAGAGAUCCUUGACUCGCCCGUGGUGACGCCGCGCGUGCCUGGCAAGAAGACACAACAGAUGAAGCUACAUGUGGACAAAGAAUCGUUAGACGACGAGAUCGGUCGUCGCCAGAUUGAAAAGUCGCUGAAGAGGGCAGGGUGGAAGUACAUUGAAGGCAAGGCAUUCGGUGGGGCGUACUGCAAGCCGAGUGUCAAGCUCAUGAAGUCAACGGGCAAGCUAUCUGGUGUCCAUGGCGUUGAUUACUUUGACAGCCUCGAAACCUUCGAAGAUCAUGUGCGCAGUACCCCCGCGCUGAUGGACCUGGUGCGUCGCGACUUGGACAGCGGGCAUUUGAACGAUCCGCACCAAGAGCUACUCACCCCCGAACCACUCAAGCCCAAGAAGCGUCUCUCGUACUCGGGUAUCGCCAAGUCCAAACGGCAUUCCAUCGAGUCGGCACCCCUUUGUCGCGACCUCGACAACAUUCGGUUUGGCGAAAUCGACAACAUCCUCACAGGUCGCGGGUGGAAGUGCGUGGACGGACCGCUAGGCUUUGUCUACUGCAAGCCGCAUGUCAAGGUGAGCGGUCGCAAGACCAAGUUCACGGGCAAAGAGGGUCAAGACUUCUUUUACGGCCGCGACGACCUCGAGCAGUACGUGCGGUCUCACCCGCAUUUGCUCAAGUCGAUUCGCGACGAACUCUUGGCGCCUUCUUCCGACGACGAGUCGAAUUCCAGAUCUUCAACCUCCAACGUCACCACGCCCAUCCCCUCGACCCCCAAGGCCAGCACACCUUCUGCCAGCUCGACGAAAGCCAAGAAGGACGAGACGCCGAAGUCCACUGGUCACGUGGCCAAAGCCAAGAAGGCAACCGUCAAGGACAAGGCGUCGCCCGCGUUGUUGUUGCCGAAAAAAGCGCACCGCCGCAGCCUUGAAACCGACACGAUUGACAGGCGCGACAGUCACCACGACGCUGCAGCAGCACGUGAUGAUGGACAUGAGAAAAGUCUGCUGGCGUCGACAGCCACAAAAACCAGUGGCCCUGCCGCGACCAAGAAACGGACGUCCGCGGCAUCGUCGUUGGCUUCAAAUGGCGUCGGAGGGGCCAAUAAGAAACCUCGGCGCAGUAGUGCAUCCCCCCCCCAACCAUCUCGUGAAUGCCCUCCAUCGACUCUGCAUGUGACAUCAGAGGUGCUGGUGGAGGCUGAAGCUGCUGCUGCGCCGCCGUCCAGCCAGCAAGACGACAAAGCCGCCAGCAGCAGCAGUAGCAGCAAUGACCAAUAUGUGGAAAAUUCGCAUGCACAGCAGCCACAGGAACAGCCUUCGUCGUCGUCGUGGCGAUGCACAAUACAGUAAGGCGUUGGCAAAGUCAGUUUGCUCGAACACCGCGUGGGGGUGGUGGUCAUAGUAACACUCGUAAUCCAAUCGUACAUAUGGUGAUGAACCCA